CAGCCGGCUGACGUCACCACGGCUGCAGGACCGGAGCAACUCGGCACCAAGAGCCACAGCAGCUGGGCUGCAAUCCCCGCCACCUCCUGUCCGUGCCGUGGGAAGACUCGUUGCAGCAGCCAGGAGCUUCCCGUCAUUCGUCACGGCGACAGACAUGGCCUCCGACGGCAUGGACGAGCGCUCUCCGCUGCUGUCGGCCCCCAACUCCGAGAACGUGACCCCCACGGCUCCCCCGUACCUGCAGGAUUCAAGUCCCCGAGCCGAACUACCUCCUCCUUACACAGCCAUCGCCAGCCCCGACGCUGGCGGCGUGCCCGUCAUCAACUGCCGCGUCUGCCAGUCCAUCAUCAACCUGGACGGGAAGCUGCACCAGCACGUCGUGAAGUGCACGGUCUGCAACGAAGCAACGCCCAUCAAGAACCCCCCUACAGGGAAGAAGUAUGUGAGGUGUCCCUGCAACUGCCUGCUUAUCUGUAAAGACACAUCCAGGAGGAUAGGAUGUCCUCGACCAAACUGCAGACGCAUCAUCAACCUGAGCCCGGUGAUGGUGAUCCCCGAAGAGCAGCCCGCCCAGCCGGCGCUGCCCAUCCAACCCGAGGGGAUGAGAGUGGUGUGUGGUCACUGUGGAAACACCUUCCUGGGCAGCGAGGACGCCAGGUCAUCUCAGCCGAUGUCUGGUCUCCCCAGCGACGGCUCUCCUCCAGCACAGGAAGAGUGGAUGGAGCUUCGAUUUAACACGCUAGCCAAGUGUCCGCACUGCAAAAAAAUCUCGUCUGUUGGCAGUGCUCUCCCUAGGAGGCGCUGUUGUGCUUAUAUAACUAUAGGAAUGAUCUGCAUUUUCAUUGGAGUGGGUUUAACAGUCGGUACUCGGGACUUUGCCAGACGUUACAACGCCACCUAUGUGUCCUGGGCGUUCGCUUACCUGCUGGGUCUCAUAUGUCUGAUACGAGCCUGCUACUGGGGGGCCAUCAAAGUCAGCUACCCAGAAAACAGCUUCGCCUAGACCUGGACCAGCUCAGCGAAGCCAGGCGUGGACGAAAGUGCAAAUUCCUCUUUUAUUUUAUUAUUUCUUUCUCUCCAUAUUCUUCAGAUUAUAGAGCAGCCAGGUGGUUGAGUGCAGAAGCAAAGUGUGGAGGAGUGUUUGGAGAAACAUAUUCGGGGGAUAUGUCUCAUCGUUUAUGGUUGGAAGGGUUUUGAUCCUGCUGUCUGACCAAAGCUGGUCCGUGUUCAAACCCUGACCAAGACCUGCGGAUAACCAAGAGUGAGAAAACUUUAAAUCUGGAUUUUACCAGAUGUUUGAAAGAAUAUUUGGUUCAAAACUCUGGUUAAAUUGAACAGUUUUGGACCUUUCUUUGUCAGCAACAAGCAGUCCCUGUCUUCAUUUUUAUAGCCAGAUCCAAAUGAGACAACGCCCUCCCAUUUGCACUUCAUAUUUUAUGCAAAUAAAAUUGUUUUGCUGCUAGUAAAAUCCAGCUACUGAUAGUUGCACACUCAUACUCUGUUGCAACCACUCUGACAUAGUAUUAUGUUAUUUUAAUUCAGAAAAUGAUUGACUUUUAAACAUGAUUGUCAUUAUUUACCCACGCGUGCCAACUUUGCUGCCCAGUUUUAGACUUGAAAAGUUUCAGAUAGAUACGUUUUUAUUAAAAUGUCAUUUUUGUUCUGUGCCUGCAGCUGUUAAAACCAUGUUAAAGCAAUAUCCUCUCCUGGUCAUUUUCUGAAACAGUCUUGUAAUCUGCUCUACUAUUCUCAAAGUAAUCCCAAAAAACAUGCAUGUUGCCUCCUUCCUGUCGCUGAGGUGGCGUCUUGCUCCGUUUCAGAGGUAGAUCAUGGCUGUGAGGUUCCUGGUUUUGCUCCACUGCCUGUGCGUUCGAAUGUAAACCUUCCUUCCUCCACUUAGAUCGCUGCUCUCCGACCUCCUGUGAACUCUGUGCUACGUCCCAUCUCUUUAUCUCCAGCGGAGGGCACAGUUUGAACCUUGUCUUGAAUGUGACGAUGAUGAUGAAGUAGGUAAAAUUUAGAAAAUACCCUGUACAUAGUUUGAUUUCAGUAAAGGUGAGCAAAGUCAGGCGGAAGGAAGAGAUGCUUCAUGAGUCUUUUUAAAAACAAAUAAUUUAUCAAUAAAAUGUUAAAAGUA